GGGAUGCGCCUCGUGUUCGGCUCGCAAAUGAUCUCAUGCGGGAGCACUGAGGGUAAUACGCCGAGCACAUUGACCUCAUUCCAUCCUCAAUAGUGUGUAUCCAUGCGUCAACAGGGCCAUUGUGGGACGGACUUGGAGAAUGAGGCUCUUUGCGUAUAUAUAAUCCGUCUGACAUGUCCCUCCUUUGGAAAUCCAUCAUCCAGCUAACAUCCACCUUCGCUACUACUACAUACACCUACAAUAACAACAACAACUACAUAAUUUAAUCAUCAAUCACCACCACCACCAACCAUCAUCAUCAUGAAGUUCACCACCGCCGCCAUCGCCACCAGCGUCGCUGCUCUCGCGGCUGCCAGCCCCCUCCAGACCCGUGCCGACGACACCCCUCUCUUCUGGACCUCAAGGCUCCUCGCCAUUGCCCCAGGCACCGACUUCGACGGCAAAUUCCUGCAAGCCGCCAACAGCGGCCUGCUCAUCGGCCUGAAGGACCAGGGCGCCUCGUGCGGCCCCGAGCCUCACAACUACGCGACCUUUGUCUUCGGCAACAACACGCUCUCCCUCUACACCGCCAACCCGCCCCAGCAAUUCUACACCGCGGCUGACGGCAUGGGCCAGGGCAACAUCCGCUACACCACGGGUGUCGAGCCCCUCCCGCGCAACGCUCUCCGCGAGGGCUUCUUCAUCGACAACCACGGCACCCUCAAGCUCCAGUUCUCGCCCACCGGCCCUGUUGCCGGUCUUCAGGCUUGCCCCGUCUCCAAUGCCCCUGGCGAGUACAAGGUCUGGAUGGAUACCUUCGAGCACCCUGCCGGCCAGAACUGCACAAAGUUCCAGGCUCGUGUCGAUAAUGACUGGACUCCCGUCAAGUGCAAGUACACUGAGUAAAGCGAUAUACCUGGCUCUUUUUUUUUGUUUUUCUUUUGCCUGAACAAAAAAAAGUUUACGGUUGAUAGAAGAAUGGGUAAUGCUUUGAACGGGUGCGUCCUUUUGUACAUAUGUGGAGGCUGUAGGACACCUCCUUUUCUCUCUUUCUCUCUCCUGUUAAAUAUGAUAUGACAAAAUGAAUAGACAUAUAUGAUGCUUCAUUAGCUGAUUUUUU